AUGGAAGGCCUCAGGCAAAUCAGAUUUUCUCGCCCACCCAAGAUCAGCCAAUCCUCAAAGGUGUACAAAUUUGCUGACCACUCCAGCCUUGUUCUUCAGAGCCUGAAUGAACAGAGACGCUGCAACCUCUUCUGUGAUGUGGUGUUAGUGGUGGAGGAGCAGAAAGUCCCCGCUCACCGGAACGUUCUAGCUGUGUGCAGUGACUAUUUCCACACCAUGUUCACGAUCGGCAUGCGAGAAGCUCACCAGAAAGAAGUUGAGCUCUUCGGCGCCACUUGCGUCGGCCUCAAAGCUGUCCUGGACUUUCUCUAUGGGUGCGAUCUAUUUCUCAACAGUGGAAAUAUCCAUUCUAUCUUGGAAACGGCUCACCUGUUGCAAAUCUGGAAGGUGGUGGAUUUCUGUUGUGAGUACUUGGAAAACGAGGUCAACGAAGAGAACUACUUAUACCUCCAAGAACUUGCUUCCAUCUUCAACCUCAAGCGCCUGGACUCCUAUAUUGACACGUUCAUCAUGAAGAACUUCGGCACUCUCUCGCUCACGCCGGACUUCUUGCAAAACCUUCCUGUCGAGAAACUCUGCCAGUACCUCGGCAGUACGGGCGUGCAAGAGGAGUGUGAACACGACUUGCUGCAGGCGGCUUUGCGGUGGCUGAUGCAGCACCCCGAGCGGGAAACAGAGGCCUACCGAGUCUUGGAGAACAUCCAUUUCCCUCUGAUCCCAAAGAGCGACCUCCUGCACCAGGUCAAGCCGGCUAUCUGCUCCCUCCUUCCCAAAGAAACCCACUGCGAAGACUUUGUGGAAGAGGCGGUCAACUACCACAAUCAGGUGGCCGCUCAGCCUGUCCUGCAGAACAAGCGGACGGUUCUCCGGACCCAGGAAGAGAGGCUUCUCUUUGUCGGAGGAGAAGUGUCGGAGCAUUGCUUGGAGCUGAGUGACGAUACCUGCUUCCUGGACCCCAAAACGGGACAGUGGGUGAAGGAGACGCCGCUGCCCGCCAGACGGAGCCACCACUGUGUUGUGGUUCUUGGGGGGUUUAUCUUCCUCGCCGGCGGCAGCUUUUCCCGUGACAACGGUGGGGAUGCAGCUUCGAAUCUUCUCUAUAGGUAUGAUCCUCGGUGUAAACAGUGGAUAAAGCUCGCAUCGAUGAAGCAACAGCGAGUGGACUUUUACCUUGGGGCCAUCAGAGACAUGCUGGUGGCUGUGGGUGGCAGGAAUGAAAACGGAGCGCUGUCAUCGGUUGAGACCUACAGCCCCGAGAAGGACACCUGGUCCUAUGUCGCUGGCUUGCCCAGGUUUACGUACGGCCACGCGGGUGCUGUCCACGAGGAACUCGUCUACAUUUCGGGAGGCCACGAUUAUCAGAUCGGUCCCUAUCGCAAAAACCUGCUGUGCUAUGAUUAUCGAACAGAUAGCUGGGAGGAGAGGAGGCCCAUGAUCACCGCUCGGGGCUGGCACAGCAUGUCCACUCUACAGGACGACAUUUAUUCGGUUGGGGGCAGCGAUGACCACCUGGAGACCAUGACGCGCUUUGACAUUCUGUCGGUGGAAUCCUACAGCCCCAAGUGCAAUCAGUGGACAAGAGUGGCACCUUUACUCCAGGCCAACAGUGAGUCCGGUGUGGCCACGUGGGAUGGCAAGAUCUACAUUCUGGGAGGCUACAGUUGGGAAAACACAGUCUUCUCCAGGGCCGUUCAGGUCUAUGACAAAACAACAAAGCAAUGGCAAAAAGGGAAUGAUCUUCCCAAAGCCAUAGCCGGCGUUUCGGCUUGCGUUUGCGUUUUGAGGCCCAGAUCGUACGACAAAAAGAAAAAGUCCAAACUGCAACGCCAUCAGGAUCGAGGGAGAUGAUGGAUUUUGGCUUGGAUCGAAGCCUGUCAGUACCUUUUCCUGAUGCAAGUAGUC